CUGGAUAAUCAGCGCCGCGCGUCACGCGCAUGCGCAAAAAACGCAUGUUUAGUUUGACCGGUUUGGCGGCAGCAGCGUACGCCCUCGUUCUCUUUCGUUCAUGGCCCGUGGCACUGUGUGAUUUGCGUCACGAUGAAGCUGAACGUGUCGUAUCCCGCGACAGGAUGUCAGAAGCUGUUCGAAAUUUCGGAUGAGCACAAGCUCAGAAUCUUCUACGAAAAGCGCAUGGGUGCCGAAGUCGAAGCCGACGCUCUGGGAGAUGAGUGGAAGGGCUACGUGGUUCGCAUUUCCGGGGGUAACGAUAAGCAAGGUUUCCCCAUGAAGCAGGGUGUUCUGACGAAUGGUCGCGUGCGUUUAUUGCUUUCCAAGGGACAUUCUUGCUAUAGACCACGACGAGACGGUGAGCGUAAACGCAAAUCCGUUCGUGGUUGCAUCGUAGACUCCAAUUUAUCCGUGUUAGCACUUGUCAUCAUAAGAAAGGGAAAACAGGAUAUCCCAGGAUUGACUGACCUGAAUGUACCGCGUCGUCUGGGACCGAAGAGAGCGAGCAAAAUUCGCAAACUCUUCAAUCUUUCGAAGAAGGAUGACGUCCGGCAGUUUGUAGUAAAACGACCAAUUCAAAAAGAAGGAAAGAAGGAACGUUUUAAGGCGCCGAAGAUUCAGCGUUUGAUCACUCCGAUCGUUCUUCAAAGGAAAAGACACAGAUUGGCAUUGAAGAAGAAACGCUGUCUGGCUCGCAAAGAACAAGCGGCAGAGUACGCGAAGUUGCUGGCGCAAAGACAAAAGGAGGCGAAGAACAGGCGUCAAGAAGAACUCAAACGAAGGCGCAGCGCCUCUUUGCGCGAAUCCAAAUCAUCGACUCAGACGGCACCAGCGACACAAUAAACUGGAUCCUGAAAUGUAUUUACAUGUCAAUAAAAAAAAUUUCAUUUA